CAUGGGGUGGUUAGUUCAUCUCCAUUGCUUUUCUGCUUUCGUCACCGCUUUCAUGCCUCUUUGACUUGGCUCACUCCCUCCAAGUCAACACUUCAAGCAUAUUGUCAGGUAUUUAACUCUUCAUCACCAGAGCCCCAGGCAUUCAGUCUCAAUCAUUGCAUCUCACAACCGCCUCGAACAUCAUGAACUCACAGCCAGAGCCUUCAGCUGUCCCUAUCAGCCUUCUUCCCAGAACUCCAUCACCACCAGGCCUCACAGACACGUCUUGGGCGCCAGGAAAGCACGACCCAGAAGACAAAGCCCUCACCCUGAUUCCCAUCCCCCAUCUCACCCGGGACCUCUCCAACUACAACCAAUGGCUACACGCUCUCUGGUUCCACAUCGUCUACCACCGACUGGUCGGUUUUAUCCUGCCGAGAAACGAAGGGCCAGUAAGAUACCGAGAGUGUCCGGAAGCGGAAGACCAACAUAAUUGGGAUCGUAGACAUCUGCAUACGUAUGCGAUUGUGUUUUCUAGCAUUGGAAGAGAGGUCCUGGAAGAUAUGGCGCUGGAUCGAGGCCUGAGGUUCGAUCCGUUUGAUGAUCGCGACUAUUGGGCGCAUGAGCUUAUGCACAAGGUGGAGGUGUAUAAGGAGUUGCUGGAGGAGAGGAUGAGGGAGAGUUCGGACGAGUCGGACGAGUCGCAGAGGGAUGUGGUGCCGCCUGUUGAGGACGAGUUUCUUGCCGAAUUGAGGAUAUGGGCGUCGAUUAAUGGGGUAUUUAACUGA